UCUUCUUCCGAGUGAAAUUCCACUCUUCUUCUUUCUCAGUGAAAAUAUGGUUGAACCGGCGGUAACAUUUUAAUUUACUUUCUUCCACUUUAGCGACAAAUGCUUCUUCCUUCCACUCUUCUUCUUCUUCUUCUUCUUCUUCUGCGUAACUGAGAUUCCAUCAUCUCAAACAAACAAACGAAGUCUAAUCAUCUUAUCGCAGGUCAGCAACCCUAUUCUCAAAUUCUAUCUCUGUAAUUCAUUCAAUCAAUUUCUAUGUGAAAUUCAAAUUCUAUUAUUUCCCUAUAUCAUUUCAGUUUUCAUUCAAAUUCAUUAGAACAACACAUGCUAUUGCUCAUUAGGUUUAGGGUUUGCAAGAGUUGAUGCAAGCUUAAUUAGGAUUAUAUAUAUAAAUUUGUAAACCACUGAUAGGGUUUAGGUUCCAUUCAAUUCCAUCGCAGUAGAAGAGAAGAAAAUGGAAGGGAAGAGAAGCGUGCGUAUGUGCUGUUUAUGCAAUGAGAGAAGAGCUUCUCUUAACAGACCUAAAACUCUUGAACAGAUUUGCAGAGAAUGCUUCUAUCUUGCCUUCGAAGACGAGAUUCAUCAAAUCAUCGUCUCCAACCGCCUCUUCAUCCGUGGCGACCGCGUCGCUAUUGGCGCUUCCGGCGGUAAAGACUCCACCGUCCUCGCCUACGUUUUAUCGAAACUCAACCGCAUCCACGAUUACGGCCUCCAUCUCUUCCUCCUCUCCGUCGACGAGGGCAUCACCGGCUACCGCGACGAUUCUCUCGAAACAGUUCACAGAAACCAGAUUCAGUAUGGUUUGCCUCUGAAAGUUGUAUCCUACAAGGAUUUGUACGGAUGGACCAUGGACGAAAUCGUGAAACUGAUCGGUCUGAAGAAUAACUGCACCUUCUGUGGCGUGUUCCGUAGACAGGCGCUGGAUCGAGGCGCAGCAUUCCUUAAAGCAGAUAAACUUGUGACAGGACACAACGCUGACGAUAUAGCUGAGACAGUUCUGUUGAACAUAUUGAGAGGAGAUAUAGCUAGAUUGAGUAGAUGCAGUUCAAUAAUAACAGGUGAAGAUGGACCAAUCCCUAGAUGCAAACCUUUUAAGUAUACUUACGAAAAGGAGAUUGUUAUGUAUGCUUAUUUCAAAAAGCUUGAUUACUUUUCUACUGAAUGCAUUUAUUCUCCAAAUGCAUAUCGUGGUUUUGCUCGCGAGUUCAUCAAGGAUUUGGAGAGAAUCAGACCCAGGGCCAUUCUCGACAUCAUCAAAUCCGGUGAGAAUUUUAGGAUUUCUACCACUACUAAAAUGCCAGAGCAGGGAACCUGUGAACGCUGUGGUUAUAUUUCUAGUCAGAAAUGGUGUAAAGCUUGUGUUCUGCUUGAUGGACUGAAUCGAGGUUUGCCUAAACUGGGAAUUGGACGGAGUCGGGUUGCUAUUGGUUGCAAAGAAGAAAAUGAAAGCCAUGGAGGAAAGAGCAUCGAAAGCAAACAGUGUGGAUCUUUAGACUUCUGAUUUUCUAUGUAAGCAUCAUAUAAAUCGGUGGGUUCUAUGUACUAUUCAUAAUCAAAGGUAACUGCAGUUAAUAUCUAUCGGUGAAUUUCAUGACAGUUAGUAGAGAUGUAGAUACAUCUGAUGACAAAAAGUAUAAGACAAAUAGACUUUGUAGCACAACUUUGCAUCUCAAGACAUUGAUCAAAACGAUAAGUCUAGAAUAGUUGCAUUAUUUGCAGAUUUUUUUCACAUCUCUAGCUUAAUUUUUGUGAGCAUUGCUUUGUCGUACAGUUAUUUGUAUCCUUGUACUCAGAAUUUGUUGCUACAUCUCAACAAUGUACUUUAGAAUGCAACCUCAAGCAUUGGCUUGGAUAUCCUUGAGCAUGCAACUUGAGUUUUGGUAUUGCAAUCUUGCUUAUGUUCUUCUCUAGCAAUGGCUUUCAUUAAAGAAUGUAUGAAUAAUCCAACAAUGUAUUCUACUCCAUAUUAAUGUCAAUCAGUUUUACAAGCUUGGCUGCA